AUGGAGAACAACCAGGAACCCUGCUCCCCAAACUCUCUCAAACAAAAGCUCCGCUCCUCCCUCUGCAUAAUCCCAUGCUUCCCUACUCCCAAAAAUUACCACCACGGCGCCCUCACGGCGCCUCCCACCCCGAACGGGGCUGAUAAUGUCAGCCUCGUGCGGACCUCUUUAUUCUCCCCUAAUUCUCGGUCCUCGCGAUCUAGCCAUCGCCAUCACCACAACAACAGUCAUUACGAGUUUGCGGAAUUGAAAGACAAGUGCAAGAAUUUGAUUGGGCGCAUGCAUGGACGUGGCAACGGCCACGGCCACGUGGGACGGAGGCAUCAUUCAUCCUCUGCCGAUUUUAAAUAUGACGCACUCAGCUACGCCCUCAACUUUGAUCACGAGGAGACCGACCUCGAGGAUUACCCGCUCCGGAGCUUCUCCUCGAGAUUGCCGCAUUCGCCCCCUCAAUCCUCGCAGGAGUCCUCCUCCGUGGCUUCACCGUCUGCGUCCAAGGAGAUAACUGCCUAUAGCUAG